AUGCUCGGCGAUGACGAAACAAUUACCUCGAUCCCGACCGACAUACACAAUCUCUUCGAAACAGUCCUCCAAGCUCGAAACCAUGACCCAUACAUCAGAGCGCUUGGCAGUGCCUCAGCACCCACAUCCUCGAGCCAGGCAAUUGACGUUGCCGUAUUCGAUGACAUUGAUGAGCGAAACCCCAAGGCGAACCCGAAUCGGAAGCUCGUUGUGACCAAGGCGUAUACAGUCGGGAGUGAGCUCUGGCAUUCACACAGCUUGUUUGGUCGUGGGACCAAAGUCCAGCGGGUGAUUCUGCACAAUGAUCUGGUUCUGGCCGCAAAGCAUCCCGAGAAACCACUUCGAUUCUUUGCUCUCAAGACAUCUUGGCGACAACGUUGCCGCCGGCCAGAGCUAGACUUUUACGAUCUGAUCUGGUACAUGGCCACAUCGAAGUCGGAAGAGAGCAUAGCUCUGAAGAAGAAGCUCCAUAUCAACCUCGAUUACGUUGCUCGGUGUAUCGGCAGCAUCGACAUGUCUCUCGAGACUGUUCCCAACUCGCUCAGACCUGAUGGGAACGUGUCAUGGGGCACCAACGGACAUCGAACAAGCCCAUGGGAGACGAAAAAGACAAACUACCAGCGCUUCCACACCCGCACAAUUAUCACGCCCAUUGGCACGCCACUUGAGAACUUCAAGUGCACUCGGGACCUGGUGAUGGGAGCAUACGAUGGUAUCAAGCAUCUGACCUUUGCACACGAAGCUGGUGUGAACCAUCGAGAUGUCAGCGACGGCAACAUGAUGUUUGCUGAGAGGCUUAGCCCCGAGGAGAUUGUCCACGGUCUCCUUCUUGACUGGGAUUAUGCUGAAUUCACAGAGGCUGGGGCAAAGAAGUUUGAGGAGCUGUGGCCUGACCGGUUCCAUGCGCCGAACUUGGAGAAUGUUCACAAGAGCCUGAAGGAUCUCACUGGCACGUGGCCGUUCAUGGCACUGGACAUCCUCGACUACAAUAGGAAGCUCGAUAUCAUUGCCGCCGGGGGUCUAAAACAUACAGACGUCAAGAUCUUCCAGCAUGCACUGCACCAUGAUCUGGAAUCUUUCUUCUGGCUUCUGGUCUGGAUGAUCUUCCGACACACUAAACAUGAUACACCUCAUGCUGUCCAAGAGAUUUUUGGUGAUUCCAGGACAGGCGGUGGCAAAUUCAAGUACCUGCAAAGGCCCUCUCCCCUAGGCAGAGCUUAUAAGCUUGAUAACGACGGUUUGUCGUCUGUCCUGAACACAUUUCGGGGGGCAGUCCUGCGACAGAAUCCUGCGGCCGUGGAAACCGACACUGCCCCAUCACUUCAGUCUGCUCGCCCAGUGGCCGGGGAUGAAAGCGAUGACGACGGUGACGAAAUCCUUCAACAACAAGCAGUCAAGCCUGAAAUCAUGGAGUCGCGCAACAUUCGUGCCAUCUUUUCCCGCCAUCUGAAGAACGAAAACUUUCUCUGGAACAAGGAUGAUGAAGCUAUAGAUCUGAUCAGAAUCGGUGACACAUGGACAAUUGACUUCAAGAAUGAGCAGUCGCAGCGACGUCUGACCGAGGCCAUCCUUCACCGCGACUUCGGGUUGUCGGUGCGCCUACCAUUAGACAGACUUUGCCCGCCAGUAAGUUCGGUGGCUGAAGCCAUCCCGCCUUCUUCCGCUGACCACGCGCAGAAUAAACUACGUGUUGUGGAUCGAAGACGUCAUGAACGCCUGUGGGUUCGCGGAGCAGGCGAUCUGCGGGAUGGAUAUUGGUACCGGCGCGUCGGCUAUAUACCCACUUCUCGCGUGUCGGAUGAAUACGACGUGGUCCUUCGUUGCAACAGGCAGGUCCAUCCUCAGCUUUCCGGCAAGCCACUGAUCUACUUGAGCUUUCUUGCAGACGUCGACUUGGUUUCGAUCGCUUCAGCCCUGUCUAACGUCACUCAAAAUGGGCUUGGUUCGCGCAUCCAAAUCAUCCCGACCACACCAACUGCUCGUGUCUACGCAUGGCUUCAUGACAAUCCUGAGGUCCACGAAGACGUGCUGGCGUCUGCUGUGGCCAAGGAGUUCCAACCUCACGCCGUUUGCACAGGCGCCGACGUCGAAAUGAUCACACUUGGGGGCGAGGUCGCAUUCGUUCUUCGAAUGCUCACUGAGAGUGUCCAGUUGCGGGAACGAUGCAGCUGGUAUACCUCGAUGCUCGGGAAGAUGUCAUCUUUGGCGGACAUAGUGGCUGUCUUGCGCAGUUUGAAUGCGAUCUCGCGGAUCCCGAAUGCCCAGCUGCAGAAUCUGAUGCCUGCAAAAAACGUCCUUCGUCAACCGCUCCAUCAUUCUCCGUCCGCCGACGACCUUUCUGCGAUCUUGAGCGCGAUAGAGGAUAUUGAAGUCGAGCGCGAGCCCGGCGACAAUGCGUUUUCGGUGCGCGCUACACGGGUCACUUGGUCGCGGACCGCUCGGCGCAAGAAGAAGCAAAACAUCAUCGUCGACCCGGCGCCAACAAUGACACCGAUCCUCGUCUGUCGUCUGCGCUUAGAGCGACUCGUUCUGGAAUCGCAGUGGGUCAGUGGUAGGAGCAGAUUGGUGUUUGAGGGAUUCACGAGCCAUGUCGGACGGAAAUUGGUCAAGGGAGACCAGUCUGAGGGCGCAUCUUAGGCAUGAAUGGAUGUUUCGCCUGUAUCAUCGAUGAUAUUUCGCCACCAGAGACAGAGUCGCCGUCAGACACACCAAACAAGAUCUUAAUCGUCCCACCAGCUCUGGGGACCGUGCGGUCAAUGCUAUCAACGUCGAGAUAGCUCUUGUUGUUUCGAUGGUCCAAUCGUACCAAGAGUAAGACAAGAAUGGAAGGUUCAGCUGCGAGGUGGCAAAUGAUCUGGUUGGAUGUAUCGGCUCCGAAAACCUGCCGUUCGGCAGUGUUUGUUAAGACUGCAGCUGUGACUUCAAGUUUUCUAUCAUCGGGUCCGCCAUUUGGUACGGAAAAGACCCCGUAGGAUUCUUACGAUGAUCAGGCGCGGGAAUGUUUCUGGGGGGUCGACCGAUGUUCACGUGCACACUUUUGAAAUAGCAACAUCUCUUCUCCCUGAGGCCUGAGCCUCCAUCGGACUGCUGGUGCAAAGUUUACCUGGGGCAAAGAACCGCUAUGCCUUGCCUUGCAGUCGCUGCCAGGUCGGACCUUUUUGGACUGUUCAAAACGGCGGUUGUCGGCCUUUGCGUUCCCUGGUUUCAUUCGCAUACCCCUCUUGGAUAGCUUUGGGGAAGCAUCUGUUGAAAGAGCGACUUGGACGCGGUAUACGAAGCAGGUCACACGCUUGUGACACAUGGCAGACAUACACCGUGAAUCAAGCCUGUUGAGCACAGAGGAGCUCCGUGAGGUUGAGGCAGAGGACGACUGGGAUUGUGAUUGAAUAAUUCCAAUGCGCUUGGAGUGCCCCUUCCCUCGAAUCAUGUGGCAGGGAGCAAAGAGGCGAUAAUGAGAGAUGUAAUCAGAAUCGUGAUGAUCUAUCACAUUCUCAUCACGAGCGCGUGCCGUCACACCUGUUGUUUUCAUGCUCCCAAGCUAUCAACAAACCGCCAGGCCAGCACCCCCCAGCCGAACAGCACGCGCCAAAGAGGUGGAAAAAGAGGGAUAGAGGUGGAAGGAUGGCUCGAAGUGGCGCAGAAUGGCUUCUGCCUCGUACAACACGAACCGGGCGAGAAUUCGGGGCAUUUGACCUGACGGUCGGCCCCCCAGUCAUCACCGCACCCCUCCACAUCACUGUGGAGGAUCUGUUAAGUCAACGACUCGCCGAACAAGAUGCCUGUGGUCAGGUGGACGAAGAUGCGGACGUAUCUGACCCGGCGCCGCCAGGGUUCAUUGCCACAUCUUUUCCCCAGUUUCCGCCACAUGUGGCGGCUGUCGCCUUGCCGCCUACAACCGCAUCUAUUCCUUGCCUACCCGGGCAACCUCCACUAGCCACCACACCUGGCCCGCCUUUGCUCCCGACCGCCACAUCAUCAACCGCCUCCGCGUCCACUGCCGUGUCACAGACAAGCUCUGUGAAGGAGAAGCAACGGCUUCUUUCCAAACAACGCCGCGCCAGGAAGCGCCUCGGAGAACAGGAAAAGCUGAGCUCAGACCUCAAGGCUGUGCAGCGGAAGCGACGGAGGGAGGCAGAGGCCGCGGUGUUGGGCAGCGCAGUGCCGACUGACGCUCUCCCACACUCAGCCCCUGGCUGGGUUGGCGAUCGAUUUGCUGAGUUUCAGGAGCCUGAGUCCGUUGAUUUCCCUGACCUGAACGACGACAUGCCAGGUAUGGAGGGUGUUCGUCACAGUCAGGAAGCGGUGGACGCGUUUUCAGGCACCCAGGGCUACCGCUAUGUUCGGUGGGAUGGCCGAACCGCUAUCCCUAUCGUUGACCGAAACCGCCGCCUUGCUGUCAACCUUGCAGGGCAACCUCGGGAUCCUGCAUGGGCCUCAGUGCCUGAGGAGUGUGCGGCAAGCCUUCGAGAUAGCCAAGCGACCUUCAAUACCAAAGAGCAGAAUCAUCGGCGGGCUGGGGAGCCAUUUGGGGCUCUGUCACAUGGGAUCUCACAUGGUGGAGGACAAAAGCGCCCUGGCAUUCUACGUCAAACUAGCAACCGCCAGCGCAUACUUCAGUUGCUUGUGGAGGCCGAGUGCUGGCUUCGAUUGGUGGGCUUUACGACUGGUGUUUUUGAAUCAUUUGCACCCAAGUUAUUUGCAUAUUACAAGGGCGAGAUGGCAAAGCUUCUUGCCUGGAAUCCGUUCCUGCGACUAAACUUCACCAACACUGUUUUUGCCGCUUGUACCUUCAAUUUUGGGCCACGAGUUGUGACACGUCGUCAUAUUGACUUUGGCAACCUGGUGUGGGGCUGGUGUGCCAUAACAGCCCUUGGGUGGUUCAAUGCUGACUAUGGAGGCCACCUCAUCCUCUGGGAUUUGAAACUCGUGAUUCGCUUUCCAGCCGGUGCAACAAUCUUCAUCCCGUCGGCGCUACUCUUCCACUCCAAUACCUCUGUCCAAGCCAGUGAGACUAGACAGGACUGCAAGCCCGACGAAGAGUACUGGGCGCAGUUCCCUAAGUGUGACCGAGAGACUUUGAAGAAGCAGCGAGGUGCAGAACGGUGGUCUACUGGCUUGAGUAUGUUUGAAGUCAUUCCAUAGUUGCAUGUAAAUUCUGAAUUCAAUUCUUUCUUGGCUAU